AUAAAAGUGGCCUCGGAAAGGGGUGGAGGCGCGGUGCUUCUCUGGCACUUCAGAAUAUCAUUUGCCACGAAACUCCUAAACCUGCAGCUGAGGUCCUUUUAAGAGUUUUGUGAAGCUGCUUUGUUAUGGCGGUUACCUGCCAGCUGUUUCGGGUAAUCUGCGGCAGGGAGCUGGGUCAGAUUUGGGCACCUGCCAUUUUGUGUCAAACCUGCUGCCAGUUCAGCCACCCAUGUAAAGCAGCAAACCAACCAAAUGCAAAGUCAUAUCCGAGGUGGCACCUAUCCCGUGCUUAUGGGACCUCAGCUGCACGGCCCACCUACUACCUGACUCCACCUCAGGUCAACAGCAUCCUGAAAGCCAAUGAGUACAGCUUCAAAGUCCCUGAGUUUGAUGGCAAGAACCUUAGCUCAGUCAUGGGCUUUGACAGCAACCAGCUGCCGGCCAAUGCGCCCAUAGAGGACAGACGAAGUGCAGCCACGUGCCUUCAGACACGCGGUAUGCUGUACGGUGUCUUUGAUGGACAUGCGGGCUGUGCCUGUGCUCAAGCGCUCAGUGAGAGACUUUUCUACUACAUUGCUGUUUCCUUGCUGCCACAUGAGACACGGGUUGAACUAGAGAAUGCGGUGGAGAGUGGCCGUCCUCUCCAGCCCAUCUUGCAAUGGCACAAGCACCCCAAUGACUAUUUCAGCCGUGAGGCCUCGCACCUCUACUUCAGCAGCCUGCGCACAUACUGGCAGGAGCUGUUGGACUUGAGCACAGCUGGAGAGCAGCCCGAUGUGGCUGAAGCGCUGGUGAACGCUUUUAAACGGCUGGACAAUGACAUCUCUCUGGAGGCGCAGGUGGGUGACGCCAAUGCCUUUCUGCACUACUGGGUGCUACGUGUGGCCUUCUCCGGAGCCACAGCCUGCGUUGCCCAUGUUGACGGCAAUGACCUACAUAUAGCCAAUACAGGUGAUGGCCGGGCUGUGCUGGGAGUACAGGAGGCUGAUGGUUCCUUCUCUGCGCUGACUCUCUCCAAUGACCAUAAUGCCCAAAACGAGGCAGAGGUGCGGCGGGUGAGGGCUGAACACCCGCGAGCUGAAGCCAAGACGGUAGUGAAGCAGGACCGUUUGUUGGGCCUGCUCAUGCCAUUCCGGGCAUUUGGUGACGUCAAGUUCAAGUGGAGCAUUGAGCUGCAGCGGCGCGUGCUGGAGUCCGGACCGGAUCAGCUGCAUGAGAAUGAACAUGCCAAAUUCAUCCCACCUAACUACCACACUCCCCCUUACCUGACCGCCGAGCCUGAGAUUAUCCGGCACCGGCUGAGGCCGCAGGAUCGUUUCCUGGUGCUCGGCUCAGACGGCCUGUGGGAGACACUGCACAGACAGGAAGUUGUACGCAUUGUGGGUGAGUACCUGACUGGUGUCCACCAGCAGCAGCCGAUCACUGUGGGCGGCUACAAAGUGACCCUGGGCCAGAUGCAGGGGCUGCUGCAGGAGAGAAAAGCCCGCAUCUCCUCUACCUUUGAGGACCAGAAUGCAGCUACACACUUGAUACGUCAUGCUGUGGGCAGCAACGAGUUCGGUACAGUGGAUCACGAGAGGCUAUCCAAGAUGCUUAGCUUGCCAGAGGAACUUGCCCGCAUGUAUAGAGAUGAUAUCACUGUCAUUAUAGUGCAAUUUAACCCACAUGUCAUAGGAGCACAGCAGAAGUGAGUGCACGCUUUAACCCCCUCAAGCUUGAUUUCUGUUACAUAAGCUGCUGCUUGUGCAGUUCUUCACAAGUAGAUAUCAUAUAGUGUGAUGGUGGUUACCAAGCUUGGUCCUGGAGUACUGGUUGGAACUUGGAAAAGGGCAUUUUUCACUGCACAAGUACCUUUUGGCACCAAAAAACUGGAACUUGAUUGCGGCCAUUGGUCCAGUAUAUGAUGUUUCAGUUUUAUGAUUCAUCACCUGCUACAGAUUGGUAUGUACUGGACCUGAUUGUACUCGCAUGUAUUAUCUAUCUUUGGUAAUCCUUGCAGAAGAAACCUGUGACAGUUUAGCUAAUUCUUUUCUAUAAUACUAUUUGUUUUUUAUGCAAGCCUCUGCAGAACAGUAGUUUUUGUUCACACUUGGUAGUGAAAAAUAUGAAACUGUAUACUAUACUGUUCAAACAAAGCUUUAAUCAGCCAGUAAGGUAAUUGAACUAGCAAGUAAGGUAAGUAAUUACUCAAAUUAGAUGUUUUCUACCAGCAUAAAUGACCAAAAAGACUUGUAAAUUAUUAAUCAUGAUGAUUAUAAUGGUUCCAGUUGUCUCAAGUUCUGUUGUUCUCUUGUCAUUUGGGUCAGUUCUUAGUUCUAAAUGUGCAGUGGAAAAAAGCCCUAUAGUGUGCAAGGCAGGGGUACUCUAGGACCAGGAUUUGAGCCACUGUGUUAUAGGUCUACCAAGUCAUUAAUCAUUUUGCUUUCUGUUACGUGUACAAAUGUGGGACUCUAGGUGUAAGCCAUUUUUGUAUAUGGAGACAACCUCCCAUAUCACGCCCUGGGGUAAACAAGUGUUCCAAAGUUAAACAUUUUGUCCUGUUUGCAUUGUCAUCAGGAUCUCUGAAUUACAAGAUCAUUGAAUAUAUGACAAUUGCUAUACAUAAGUGAAACACUGUUCAUUUAAUUGAUGUAAUUUAUGUAAAAGUAACACACUAUUUAACCAGGUGCUCAGACUACGGUCUACUACUGCCAAAGCUACAUAACUACCACACUUGGCAAAGCUUGCAGGUUCAUACGUGGUAUUUUGAUCAAUUUUACACUUUUACAUCAGUUAAAUGCAUUAGCGUGUGUGUAACAUAUACAUGGCAGUAUUCCUAUUUUUACUGACUUACAACCUCAUGGGUCAAAUUACUGAUGUUCAGGGAGAAAAAUGUACAUAAAACAGUCUCAUGGUUUUGUGCUUUUGGAACUUGUUUGACCACAGUGUGUGAUGGAUGUGAUUUCCUAAAGCACUGCUACUAAAACUGCUUGGAGAUAGGGCUCGUCUAGAUGGCAAACUGUAAAAUGAUGUGUCUCAACCUCUGGUGAUUCUCUCUGCUACGCUAAGGCUAUGUGUGAAUGAGAGGGCAUGAAAAGAACCCCAAAAUUGUAUUUUAAAGAUGCCUCUGUCUUACGAAGGUUUGUAAAGUGGUUGCCUGUUGUUGGUUUACAUUUGAGGUUUUUCAAUAUCAAUUCAAUAUCACACUUUUAAAAAAUUCAGCUGGUAAUGAUCUUAUCUUGAAAAUGCCUUGUGCACAUUUUAUACAGUGAAAUGUAUAGCCGUAUUGGCCAGCUCUGAAUUUAAGUUAGUACUUGGCAACACAUCCACAGCCAUAGUGGGGGUUUAUACUUGUACGCCUUCUAACGGGGAUAGUUAAGUCAGAAACAUUUUUGAACAGGUAAACUUGUUUUACUUUCAGUUGUAAAUUCUAUGUCUAUCUGUCUAUCUUUUUUAUUAUUUAUUUAUUUAGUUUUUUUUGUUGUUGUUGUUGUUGUUGUUGUUGUUGUUGUUGUUGUUGUUGUUGUUUUGUUUGUUUGUUUGUUUUUUUUUUUUAGCUUUUUGAUUUUAAACCAGCCUGUUUGGAGUAGGACUGACAAAGAGAAGGGUCAUUGAAACAAUGCUUGGUGCUCAGUUCAAGAAACAGUGGAAUAGAUCUAGCAGAGACAUAUUUAGUCUGACCGGGCCAGACGUGAUCUCAUAACAUGUACCUGGAUGUAGUCUUGUUAUGAGCUCCAGUCUACUACAAGGGUAGAUUUCCUCUAAAACCUCCCCCCAAAUUUUUAUAUCUUGAGUAGGGAUGCAAAUUUUGUUAAAUGCUUUUGUCCUGUGAUCAACCAUUAUUAGACAGUGAUUGAUCUUUAACUGGUGGACCUAAAGUCUUUGCCACGACCCAUGAAAAUGUCAAACACAGAACUGCAAUUUAUAUAAACAAGGCCUUAGGCUUCAUUAAAUGCAAAAAAUGGCCUAACAGAUGAUGCAACUUAAAUUAACGUAAUAUAUUAAGCACAGUUAAAAAUAAAUAAAUAAAUAAAUAAAAUAUGGCCCGACCAACUACAUAGGCUAACAAUUAGCUUAUAGCUUAAAACUACACUCAACAGAAGCAACAUGACAUUUAAAGAAAGUCACUUGUAGCGUAGCUUAGCACUGUCAUAUGGCUAAAUGGCCUAGAUGCAAGAGUGCUGUAAACUACAUUUAUGGAUGGUUUAAUCUCCGUUAUAUCCCUUUAUGACCGGCUCUGGGUGCUACUUGUUUAAAUCAUGUUGGGUCUGCAGGAGUCUGUCUGCUCCAGAAAACCCAGAGUUGUGCAUCAGUAAGUAGGGCUGCCAGAAUAAGUUGUUGUUGCACCUUCAUGCAUACAACCGGCCUGUUCAAAUAGCAAGUAUUUACCAGAAGUUAAAUAACAUUUUUAACAUAAAGCACUGGUUGAACAUUUAUGUAUUUCUUCGUUAAUGGUUAAUUGGUUAAUCAUUAACAUCCAUAGAAAGGAGUACAAUUGAUAACGCAAGGAAAACAAGCUUUUUUUUUUUUUUCCAACUUGUCGUGUGUUCUUCGCUUAACUGAAGCUUUUUGGGUAUGCUUUUCAGUGCACCACUGACCACUACUUUAAAUUCUGCUUUCACAGGGUAUUGGCUUGAUUUAGAAGUUUACCCUGACAUAAUUGUUACAUAAUCACGUCCAGCCCUGACAUUUUAGGAGGUACAGUUAUGUUUGAUUGUUUAACCUAUCGUUAAAUAUUUGCCUUAGUGCUGUAGUCAAAUUGAAAUUCAGUGUUCUUUCUUAUGCUGAAUGUGAAUUGAAAAACAUUGACUUUAGGAGCACAGCUAGAAAGUUUAAUUCAAAGGGCUAAAUUGCCAAAACAAUACUAAAAGUACUAUUGCAUGGAAAUUUUUAGUAAAAAGAAAAAAUGCACCACUGCAUGCCUUACCACAAAUUAUUAUUAUUAUUUAUUUUUUUGGUAAAAGUAAGGUGUGUGAACUUUUUAAGGUCAGAUACAGGUCUUGCAGUCUCUGAAUAAUUAGCAUUUGGUGAUUAGUCAGUAUGUCUGAGUCAGACUAUGUAUUUGCAAGUCUGGUAGAUCAGAAACAGUCUGCAUGGUCCAAAUUAUCCAAGAUUGUUUCAGUGGUGUAGUUAAAGCUCAUCACUGCUAAAAUGGCCUUAACUCUGUAUCUCUGAGAGUCUAGCCAUGGUGCUUGGUGACUGAUCAUGAGGAGACUGUCAUUUUGUUCAUAUCCUGCAUUGAGAUUAUAUUUGCAAUAUAUUAAUAACACACCGGUGAACUUGAUAUGAAGCACAAUUAAAUAUCCUAUGAUUCAUAAGAGGACUUGUUUGCAGUCCUGAUAUCACAGAAGUCUGCAAUAUGCAAAGACCAAAAUUCCAGCAAUUAGCAAAUGACACUGUGCCCUAAUUAAGUGUAAUUGUAUAGUUUUUCUGACCUAUUUAGACACCUGAUCCCUAUAGUUUUGCUCAACAAAGUUUCGUCUUUUUAUGAGCAAAAAUAUCAAGUUACAGAUCUAUGGCAGAGCAAGAGAAAAUUGUGCAUAUGUGGUAUGAAAAAUUCAGCCUCGCUUAUAAUCUUUGUUUCACAUUAUGUAAUUGAGUGAAUGAACUUUGCAGUGUUUCUCAACCCAUGUUACUCUGGAAAACCUCCAGAGUUUUGCUCCAUCACAGCUCCCCACACACCUGUACAAGACAACUAGUGUUCUUUUGGUUCAGGUGUUCUGGACGCUGGGGUGGAGGAAAACCAUCUGAGAGUCCCUGAAGACUGGGUUGGGAAAUGCUGGUUUGUGGCAUGUUUGUGUAAUGUCCUGUCAUUAUCUGUUUUGAAAUGAAAUGCAUGGUCUGAUACAUGAGAUUUUCUUUAUGAUGUAACACUUGGCACUCUGCGCUCACUCCAACACUGAAUUAGCUCAUGGGAGAGACGAACUGCAGCGCAGGCCAAAAAUAACUCCCCUGGGUCUUACACUUUGUUGUACAUUGUGUUCAAACCUAAAUGUCCUUCAGGUCAGAGAAUGUUACUGCAGUAAGUGCACUAUUUGAACUAGAACUUGAAUGGAUGCCCUAAUGUAAAAUACUUCAGCCUUCAAAAUGACUAAACUGUCCAUCGGUUUUCUGUCAUUUUUCAUUUAGAACUUUGGGGUGACUCUGCAAAGUUUGAGCUAAAUAUCUGAAGGAUAAAUGUGGUCUUUUAUUUUUUCUUUCUGAGGUGGAAAUGGACUUUCCACUAAUUUCUUAGAAUGCAUUCAAAUUCAAUUGCAUGCCCAUAUAGGGCAAAACCUAUCAAUUUGUUUCAAGCAUGGUGAACUCAAAGUGGAAUUAAGGUCAAUAACUCUGUGUCCCUGUCCCUGUGGACUUCAGAAAAAUGCCAACUCGGCCUUGUACAGAUGCUUCUUUGUGAAGGAAGUUGCAGAGUUUGUUUGACUUUGAAUGUUUGAUCUAUUUGGUGACAGAUGUGUACAUAUUUACCUUAACAUAUUUAUCUUUAAAAAUGCUUGCUUAAUACUUGAACAUCAUUUAUUUUUGCUUAAUGCAAUUGAAGCAUUAAAUAUAUUAAAUGUAUUUACAGACUUGAAACAGGUGUAUGUAACAUCAUAUGUAUUGGUAUGAGUGUGGUUUGUUUGGUAACUGGUAUUUUGUAUUUAGAAUAUUUUAAUAAAACAUUACACAUCAGCAAGACGUCACGUCA